UUUUGAUAACUAACUACAGAAUCAGUGAAACCUUUUGGCAAUUCAUCAUCAAAUUGUAAUUUUAUUGGCUUCAAUUUAUUUAUUCAUUAAUAAUGAUAUAAAUAUCCGUUCGUAAUUUACUAAUUAUUAUCAUAACUGGUGGAAAUUGUAAAUUCUUAUUGUCUCGAAAUUAUGCGAUCAGCUAUUUGGAUCUAUAUUUUAGCAUACUGUUUGUAUUGUCUCACCAUGAUUGAGGCUGGUAAAAAAGUAAUCUUCAGAGGUCCUCAGUCUUAUGCUGGUUACAGAAGCGGUGGAGGUGGCGGUGUAGUUCGACACGCAGGACCAGCUGCUCCUCGCAGAGUUGAUAUUAGUAAUGUUCAACUGUAUGGUGCCAGGAAGGAUGAUGCAUCAUAUCGUGAAGGUUUACAGGAAUUAGCUGGAUUAAUGUAAUGAUAACUAUACAUCCAUGAUGUCAUUUACUGUGCUUAACACUAAUUGAGUUUCUUUUACGUCAUAUACAUUUACCAUGUGAAUACAAUAAAAAUUCAUCAAAAACUAUUUUCAUUUGCAGUAUACUGGUCGAUUCUAAAAUUUAGACACAUAUAUUGCUU